AUGGUCCUCCUGCUUUGCAGCCAAGGGGGGAAUGGUCUUAAGGGAGCUGCACACUCUCUUUGGUCUCCUUCUGAAAUAGAGCUGCUUACACUGGACUUGGUGCUGAUUACUGUAGAGGAGGCUAUUGGAUCCUCUGCAAUUUCUCCUGUUGCAGUCACAUACUCAAGUGGAGAGUCUUCUCUCCAAGCCAGGACAUUGAUUCCUGCUUCUAUUAGUCCUUCUGCAAGAUCUAGAAAGUCAGGUCAAUGCUGGUUGUCUUGGUAUGUGGGGGGCGGUGGAAGAUAUGGUGGUGGUGGUGGUGAGUACUGGGGCACAGGUGUCCCAGUUGGCUCUACUGCCAGUGGUGAGAAUGAUGGUGUAUGGGUCAAGUUGAAAUCAUUUGGGUUGCUGCCCGAUUAUUCCAACUGA